AUGGACAAUUGGCUUCGAACCUUCUGUGUUUUAUGUGAUUCUUGUAUGAGUUCGGAAUCUCUUGUCAUUCCACUUCCACCUGAUUUGGAAACUCGACAAAAAUGGGUCGACGCACUUUUCCCCACAAAUUCAUCGGCAAAAUUUCAAAUGAAAAAAGUGACUUGGUUGAGAAAUCGAUUAUUGAGACAAAAAGCAACGAGAUAUAGAAUUUGUGUUUAUCAUUUUAGUCGAGAUUCGUUUGAAGAAACAACUCAAAAUGGCGAAAUUGUUAUAAAUACCGAUUCUUUGCCACUGUCAAUGGUAUGUUUUUGGCUAUUUUUCAGAAUUUUUGAUAUUAAUAAUUAUUAUUGUUUUUAGGAAUCUGAUGAUUAUGAUGUGAUUCCACGGGGACCAAAUUCAGUCUGUAAAUGUGUUUUGUGCGAUGAUUGGAAAAAACAAACAGAAAUGGUUAUUUUGAGAAAUCCUUCAAUGGAAUCGGAAAAAGUAUUCUUAUGUGAUGUUCUGUUACACGCUGAUAAGGGGGUUAGUUUUUCUCUUUCCUAGCCAUUUCGUUUUUUUUUGUUGUAAAAUUACACAGUUAUUUUUCAGCUUGUUCGAAAAACAAUUCAUUCGCUUAGUCGUUCUGGAAAAUCAGCCCUUAUUUGUUCUACACAUUUUCCUGAUCAACAAGAUCCAUUUUCGAUUCUUGCCGAACGUCGUCUUUUAUAUAAUGUUCAAGCUGAAUGUGUUUUAUGUUCUCAUACAGAUGAAUGUACUGCAAUGAUACCAUUUCCAUCAGAAGAAGAAGAAAAAUUACGAACAAAAUGGAUUAAUUCAAUGUGUCGAGAACCAUGGGUUUAUCGAUAUUUGACAAAAAGAUUGGCAAAAGAUGGACGACAUUAUUUGUGCUCAUCGCAUUUCUCCAAAAAUUCUCUUCGAUAUCAAACUGGACUUGGAUUGUAUAGAAAACCGGGAUGUUCUCCACUUCUGAGUUGUACAAAUGAAGAAGAAAGACAGACUGUUUGGGAUUUGACAAAAAGUUCACAUGAAUAUCAUCCAUUGGCAUUGGAAUCGAUUGAUUCGAAUGGAAUUGGACCAAUUGAUUAUGAUCAAGUUGUUGAUAUGCUUGGAUUUACAAGAUUAAUUCAAGUAAGUGUUUUGUUUUUUGGAUUUCGAAAGUACAUUUCCAUCAGGGAGUCCAUUUUUUUGUCAAAAAUAAAUUUUCAGAUCGAAUCUGAAAUGCAUCAAAUGCGAACUGAUAAUAUGAUUCCUCGAAAGAAAAUUCACGGACUUUUAGAAGUUAAUCACGAAGAAGAAGAAGAAGAACUUCAACAUCAUGAAAUUGGAGAAAAAGAAGAUGAAGAAGAAGAAGGUGAACAAAAUCAUCAUUUGUUAGAAUAUAAUGAAGAAGUUGAAGAUGUUGAAGAAGAUGGUGUAAUAUAUGAUGAAAUGCAUCAACUUGAAAUGGAAGAAGGAGAAGUUGAAGAUGAAGAAAUUAAUGUAACUGUUUCACCAGAUCCUCCACAAAUAACAGCUAUUUCUGAUCAACAUCAAGAUCAUCAUGAAGAAGAACAAGAACAAGAACAAAAACCAUUGUAA